AUGUUCGCCAUCUUAUCAGUGCUCUUUGUUUUCGCUAGUGUAUUCGGUUUGAUAGUGGGAUCAAUGCCUGAGUUCCAGGAAGAUGCCAGCAACGCAUCAGCUUACCAUUAUAUGCACGUGAAAACUAGCGAGCUUGAAAAAUUGAACAAGUUUCGUACCUCAGUGGGCCGAAGUGAUGAGUUUCCUGACUUCGUCUACAAACCGACGGAUAAUCCCGCAUUCGCCCUUGUUGUUUUGGAGUACAUAUGUAUAGGAUGGUUCACAUUUGAGUACCUUGUCAGGUUGAUCAUCUACCCAAAAAGAAGUGAAUUUAUAACGAAGACGCUGAACAUCAUCGAUAUGCUGACAAUCCUUCCGUUUUACUUGGAGUUGUGCCUGCCAUUUAUUGGCAUACAUUCUCAUUUUAAAGAACUUACUGACUUCAAAGCGUUUGCAGGCGAGGACCUGGCGAAGGGAACGCAGACAUGGAUAGGUGAUUCAAAUUUCGUGCUUUAUCUGUUUGCUCGAACAACUGUCUAA